GUGUGUUACUGAAAAGUACCCUAAGUUUGAAGGAUAAUAGCUGAAGUACAGACUUGUCGGAAAAUUAAAUGCUGGCGAUAAAAUAACGUUCUAAUUGUAUAAAUGUGACAUUUAUUUUUACUUCCCUUUGUAAAGUAUAAUUUUUCACAAUCCAGCUGCGUAUUUGCGUCUAACCACAAUACCAAAGUAAACAAGUAGUAAAUAAAGACGCGAUCUAAAUUUUAAACUAAUUACAUUACGUUUUGAUCAGCACAAAGCGAGCUUUCACAUAAUGGCAACCUCUUUUUUAAAGGUUUGUAUUACAUUUUAUCAGUUAAAAUCUUUGUGACCUUUGUGUGGCGAUGAUAAUGAUAGAUAGAUUUAUAUUAAUACUUAAAUACAUACUCGUACAAAACAUCCACAUCAAACUCUCAACGAACCCCUAAAGCGAAAAUCCCCUGACUACAGUGACUACCAUAAAAUAGCGUCACCCUCAAACUAUACGAAACAAGAGCUUAUUAUGUCAGACAUUCUGUGACCUAUAGGUAUAAAACUGCGACAACCGGACGCACUUAUCGCGUUUGUCGAGUACAAAUAGCAUGAGUCAUCUGCGUUUCACCAUAAUUUAUUAUCAUUCUGUAGAAUCCCAAGCCAGCUGCCUAGGCCGUCGAAAAAUAAGUUAUUUUUAAAUUUAUAUCAGUUACAUAUCCGAUAGUUUUGUUAUCACUGAUUACGUACCAACAUUUAUCAGCAACAUGCCUUUUAUGUGUCGCAUCACGGAUGGGUUAACUCAGUUCAAUAUUACUAUCUAAUAUUUGGAUACGUUUUUUUUUGCAAAAAGUACGGAACGGAAGAAAUUAGUAAAAUAAAUUGCAACUAUCAUGGAAAGUAAAGGUUCCAACGACUUUGACGUACCUAAUUCAUCAGGGCACCCUGCAGGGCCCCCUCCUUACGCAGGAUACCCGCCAGGCCCGCCGCCCGGGCCGCCGCCGGUCCAGGUCACCCCUGCGGCAGUAAUCAUCCAGCAAACCGUAGGACCAGAUUCUACGCACACAACCUGCCGUUCUUGCAACCAGGAUAUAGUCACAAGGGUUGAGCGCAAAGCAUCGAUGCGAACACACAUUAUGGCUGGUCUUCUUUGUCUAUUUGGUUGCUGGCCUUGCGUAUGCAUCCCUUACUGCAUGGACUCAUGCCUCAACACUGAUCAUUACUGCACAAAUUGUGGAGCUUUCAUCGGAACCUACAUUAGAUAGACUUGCUUUAUAAGUUAUAGGUGGCAAUUGAACAGGGGCAAACCAAAUUAUUUUUAUAAAAUGAACUAAGAUAAACUUUUAUGGCCGCAAACGCUGCUUAACAAUAACGUUAACGAUUGCGUGCUGUUGUUUGAAAUACUUACGCGCUCAUGCAUAGAAUAUCCCGCAGACAGAUUGCACCGCAUCGCAUCUACCUUAACUAAGUUUAAUUGAAAUGAACAAUGAAGGCUGAAGUAUUAGGCGUGUAAUAUUGUGGUGCAUUGUAGGCAAAACCCCAGUUCUAUUGUUAGGGUUAUAUUCACUAUCACGCAAAAUAGGCGUAAGUCGUCGAGUUGCGGAAAAUCGCCCGAAUACAAUAGGGUUAUAUUCUGAUUGCGACUGCAGCAGCAGGAAUCAGGCGAUGCCGCUCUCAAUUUCAUCAGUAAAGGUUCGAUUUGUAGAAAUACUGUGACAGCGACGCAGCAGAGGACAACGGACGAUGCCACUGUCAAUUUACUUGAUAAAUGCGUGCGUUGCUGUAGUCGGCACAAUUCUGUCACUUUUGGAACGUUCAACUCCGUUACUAAUUUAAUCGAUAAAUACACCCUUUUUUUGCUGCUGUAGUCAUAAUCGGAUUCCAAUCUUAAUGGAUACGAACACAGGGGAGAAAAUCCUGAAGCGGAUACCCCACCUAAAACGAGAACAUGCUAUUUUAUUGCAAAAUAAUGAAAUCGACGAAUUUGUUAAAAGUAUGACAGCAACGAAUGUCUUCUUCUUUGUCCCCGCUUACAAAACAAGUGAAACGCGUGGAAUGUGUUGCGGGAAUACGUUGCGCGCGAAACGCGAGCAAAAAAUAUUAAAGGUGACGUUCGGAUUUCGAUUGCAGUUGCAUUACUGCGGCAGUAUUGCAGCGCGACAUUACUGAAGGGAGUGUCAAAUUCUCGUCAAAUUUCAUAUUUUGUCGAUAAAUUGAUAUUUUGACUUUUUCUGCAGUGGCGCAGUCGACUGCGACAGUAUUACAGCGAGAAAGUACUGCCGACUGCAUUACUGCCGCUAAUGUCAAAAUCGAUAUUGCUGCCCAGAUCUUUUACAUUUGUGACAGUAAUGUAGUUUCUAUAUCCUCGCUACACAUAUCCUCGCACCGCUCAGCUACAUCGCACAGCUUUGGUCGAAACGCGGCCUCAGAGUAGGAGGCAGGGCUAAGCGGGUUUUUGGAGAGUCCGAAUUUUUUUAAUAAAUUAAUACACAAUUUUCUUGUCUAUGUUUAAAUUCGAUAAUUCUUCUGUCGAAUGGAAUGAAAUUCGUUAGUGGAAUCGAAGACUAAUAUUUUAGGCUUUUUCCGCUAGCUUGCCCACUUCCUUCCACCCCUAAUUUUUUUUUAAUAUAAGAAAUGAACAUAUCGAGUGUAGUUACAUUGGAAAUAAUAUUCUUCAAUUUAGGUUUGGUUUCACAUUCCGGUUGGUGGCUAGGAGACAGGAGUGGUCCAACUGACUGUUCAAAGGGCGCACUAAGGUAUUUUGCCGUUAAUUUGAACUAAGGAACAAAUAAAACUGUUUUGUUAUUAUUUUUAUUUGUAUUUUUAUGUAGUCACACUACUAUGUAUAUAUUAUAAACUAAAAUAGAUGUCAUAUACUAAAAAAAGGGACCAAUACUAGAAACAAAAAAAUGGCACAAAACAUCUACAGAAAUUAUAUGUAUGCAUUAUAAGUAAACAAAUUAGGUAAGACCUCACAAACAAAUUAAAAAAUUUUUUUUUUUCAAAUUGUGGGUAGUAUUCUUAUUCUAUAAUUAUAAUUGACUUAUAAUUAUAGCAGGAAUAGGAAAAUAAAGGGUUGAAUAUAAACUUCUAUACAUUUGUAUUUUUGCAAAUUUUUGGAAUUAAGUUUAUUAUUCUUAAAAUGCCUUGAGUAUACAUGCAAGUUUCAGUGUUUAAUAGCAAUUUUUUUUAUUCAAGCAUAUGUUUCAUCAAAUAAUUCCAGCCCUGUACGCACUUAAACGUAGGUAGUGGUAAACAGAAAUCCAACAUUGCUCAUAUUCUUUUAUAUAAGACACCUAACAACCGGCCACAUAACAAGUAUUUUGUAAAACAACAGUCUAUAUGCGCCACUCUUUUUUUAAUUGCUUAGUCCCUGCAAGUUUUCUGUGUCAUACAAUAAAAUAUCUCAACAGCAUACUUACAUGGGACAAAUUGCUCUUUCUCCUUUAGAAGUAUUUUUAUGCUUGAUUUUAACACUACAUUAAAACUUAACAUUUGGUGUAUCUAUAAUAGUAAUCUCGGUGUACCCCUCACAUUUCAUUGAAGUGUCAAACGGGCCUCCACGUGUUGGCUUCGGCCCCGCGGACGCCUCCCAUGGUUCGGAACAUCAUUGUUCCGUGAUGGGAAAUACAAAAUAAUUCUAGAUUUUAUGUCUAAGUUUUGUGUUUAUUUAUUUUAGCAAUAAACUGUUUUCUUGGUUA